AAACAACAUGGUUGUUUUGGUAUCCGCUAGUACAGCAGUCAUCUGUCAAAAGAUUAAGCAAAACUUUAAAUAGCCAGUUUUGGCAACUGGAUUAAGGACGCUCGUCAGUAUCAUAUUUACUAUGUUUUGUCCGAGUUGACGAAUCGAACUGUGUUUCGAGAGAAAGUCAGACAUUUCGUAAAUUUGGCGAACCACGCUAGCUAGCUAGUUAGCUUGUAACUCUGUCAACAAUUUUGUGUUCAGCAUGGACUGCACGGCGCUGGAGCUCGAUGCUGUCAAAUUUGCCAAAACAGCUGUCACCUAUGACCAGAGCGGCAAAUAUAACGAGGCUGUAUUUUAUUAUAAGGAGGCAGCCCAGGCCCUGAUAUAUGCUGGCAUGGCAGGGUCCAAACUGGAGGGAAUCCAGGACAAAGUGAACGAGUACUUGGAUAGAGUCCAAGCCCUCCACAAUGCUGUCCAGGCCCAGAAGAGCGACCCGCUGAAGUCACGGCAGCAUGUGGACCUGGAGCGAGCCCACUUCCUGGUCACCCAGGCUUUUGAGGAAGACGAGAAGGGAAAUGAUGAUGAAGCCAUUGAACUUUACACCCAGGCUGUGGAGCUGUGCAUAAGCACGUCCAACGAGACGUCGGACCAGGCGCUGCAGACCAAGCUGAAGCAGCUGGCGCGUCAAGCCUUAGACAGGGCCGAGGGCCUUAAAGAAUCCCAGUCCAAGUCAACUCCAACUCAGGACAAGACUGGGCCUGCUGGAGCCAAGCCCAGCAGCGGUGCCAGUUCUGGGGGGCCGGUCCGCCAGUUCUUCCCCCUCGGGCCAGACUUCAGCCUCAAUGACCGACAGCAAGCCCAGCCGGUCCGGGCGGUGCAGUCCAGCGAGCCCCAGGGUCAGCGCUACACGUCGGAGGAGAUCGAGGUGCUCAGGAGUACAUCUACAAUCAAUGGAAUAGCCUAUGUGCCCUUCAUGAGUGUGGACCUGAGGGAAAGAUUUGCCUUUCCUGUCCCUUUCUCGGACAAAACAGGGAAACUGGCACUGUCACCCAAACAGAAAGCCAUCUUCUCCCGCUGGGUCCGGCCGGACGAGAUCUGCAAUAACCCCACCAUGAUCAUGUCUGUGUCCAGCUUCAGCAUCAAACAGACGGUGGUUUCUGACUGUUCGUUUGUGGCGUCGCUAGCAAUCAGCGCGGCGUACGAGAGGCGCUACAACAAGAAACUCAUCACCAGCGUCAUCUUCCCCCAGAACAGACGAGGGGAACCGGAGUAUAACCCCUGUGGGAAGUACAUGGUCAAGCUUCACAUCAACGGAGUUCCAAGGAAGGUGAUUAUAGACGACUACCUGCCGGUGGAUCACAACGGGGAGCUGCUGUGCUCCUACUCCAGCAACAGGAACGAGCUCUGGGUCUCCCUGAUAGAGAAGGCCUACAUGAAGGUGAUGGGAGGCUACGACUUCCCUGGCUCCAACUCGAACAUCGAUCUGCACGCGCUCACCGGCUGGAUCCCCGAACGCAUCGCUAUGCACUCAGACAAUCAGUCAUUCAGCAAGGACGACACUUUCCGUAUGCUCUACCAGAGGUUUCACAGGGGUGACGUCCUUGUCACCACGGCAACGGGGGUGAUGACAGAGGAAGAAGGGGAGAAAUGGGGUUUAGUGCCAACACACGCCUACGCUGUUCUUGACAUCAGGGAUCACAAGGGAAUGCGUUUCCUGCAGCUGAAGAAUCCGUGGAGUCACCUGCGGUGGAAGGGCCGUUACAGCGAGCGUGACGAGAAGAACUGGACACCCGAACUCCUCAAGUACCUCAACUUUGACCCCAAAACGGCAAAGAAGUUUGACAAUGGUGUUUUCUGGAUCGCCUGGGAGGACCUUUGUCAGUACUAUGAUGUCAUCUACCUGAGCUGGAACCCCGCCCUGUUCAAAGACUCCUCCUGUAUUCACAGUAGCUGGGAUGGGAAGCAGGGCCCAGUGAAGGACGUCUACAGUCUGGCCAACAAUCCCCAGUACAAGCUGGAGGUCCAGUGUCCGACAGGGGGAGCUGCUGUGUGGGUGCUGCUCACCAGACACAUCACUGACAAGGAUGAUUUUGCACAAAACAGGGAGUUCAUCACUCUUGUUGUUUACAAGACGGAUGGGAAGAAGGUUUACUACCCAGCGGACCCCCCUCCUUACAUCGACGGCAUCCGCAUCAACAGCCCGCACUACCUGACCAAGAUGAGGCUGACCAGCGCGGGAACACACACCUUCACGCUGGUGGUUUCCCAGUACGAGAAACAGAACACCAUCAACUACACACUGCGGGUGUACUCCGGAUGCAAAUUCUCCUUCUCCAAGAUCCCAAAUCCCUUCACUCAAACCAAAAGGAUCAACGGCCAGUGGAAGGGCCCGAGCGCUGGAGGCUGUGGGAACUAUAAGGAUUCGUACAAACACAACCCCAUCUAUCAGAUCAACCUGGAGCGGCCGGGACCGCUGCUGGUCGAGCUCCGAGGAUCCAGGCAGUACAGCGUUGGUUUUGAGAUGGUGACGGUGUCGAUGGUGGGGGACCCAGGCCCGGCUGCCUUCCAGAAAAAGAACAGUGGAGAUUACAGGUGUGGCUUCUGCUACAUGGAUGUGGACUACGUCCCAGCAGGCCUCUACAACGUCAUCCCCACCACCUUCCUGCCCAAACAGGAAGGACCCUUCUUCUUGGACUUUGCCAGCACCUCGCCCCUCAAGGUCUCCCAGCUGCAGUGAAGACAGCGCUGCAGCGAGGACGGGGCUGGGAGAGAGAUCAGUUGGAGCCCAGCGAGCGACGCGUCCAUCCAGGCAGGUGAAGGAAGGGGAUGAUGAUCGUGAUGAUGUCUCCGGAAAAAGACAGUGCCGUCAAUCAUAGCCAGUUUGAAAUGACAGCUGUCUGUUGUGAAUAACGCGCGACCCUGCCGAGGGGAAAACUAGCGGGAUGGCUUUCCUGGCUGUGACUUUAACUGUGGUUAUCAGUCACGAUAUCACUUCUCUACAGAAAGCCAAAAAUAAAGAACUGCUGCAGAAAUCAAGCUGUCCCAAGAUAUAAAUACAAUAAAAUAAGAUAAUAAACCAGAAACCACAAAGAAAUAAAUACAACUUAGGCUCAUAAUAACUAGGGCUGCAACUCACAAUUAUUUUCAUUGUCGAUUAACCUGCCGACUAUUUUUCUCGAUUAAUCGAUUAGUUGUUUGGUCUAUAAAGUGGCGAAAAAUGUCGUUGCAAAGCCCAAGAUGGCGUCCUCGAAUGUCUCGUUGGGCCCCUUACUCAAUGAUAUUCAGUUGACUGUAAUAGAGGAGUGAAAAUACAGACUUUUAGAAGCUGGAGUCGGAGAAUUCGGUUAAUCGGUUAUGAUUGUUGGCGAUUCGUUUCAAAGUUGACAAUGAAUUGAUUAUUCUUCAGAGCUCCAGUGGUAACUCUUUGUUGUGGAGCCUGGACGUUUGCCGUGGCUUAUCAAAACUAACCUCUUUUAAUUAACAGAAUGGGAAAUGAACUGGUGCUUGAGAUGCUCACUGCUGCAAAAACGACGUGAUUUUAAAAAAAGGAAGUGGCUUGACACUCGCAGCCAUGAUUACAAAACUUUAUUUUUCAGCGGCGCCACUGUGGAUUCUCAGUCCCUCUCUGUAAUUAUUGCGCUCCUUCACCCUGACCAGACUAAUGCGAAAAGGCGAGUAGAGUCGAGCAGGUACCAUGUAAUGAAAAAGCGCCAUACGUGACCUAGAGUUGAAUAGUCUGGAGUCUCGGCCAAACCUAUUAAAAGCUGUUUAAAUGUCUGCGCGGUGGAAGGGGACAGUUAUUUUCCUUAAAUGACCGUGAAGGUAUUUUUUAUUUUUUUGGUCCAUUCUCAGGAGCAGUGCAGCAGAGCAGCAACACAGGGAACCCAGUACGGCAGCAGUUGAAUGAUGUCUCUUCGUUUUUCUUCACGUCUGUGGAUGUGACGGCCGAGGGAUGAGAUAUCGGCCUCAUUUCAUGUCGGCACUCGGCUUCAGACAGCCGUCUGUGUGUUUUUGAUUGUCACCAUAAACCUUCUGCAGGUUGAAAUGUAAAUGUAAUACCCAGUACACAUCCUCGGUUUACUUUUUUUAAUUGAUUUUUACUGCACUUUUAAAAAAAAAAAACAUUUCUCAUGUGUAUUGUCAAACAAUAUAUGGAAAUGAAUAUGUCUUUGUUUCUUCAACACAAGCAGUUUAACCCUUUUUCAGAUAUCAAGAUUUUUUUUUUUUUUUCUGGUGUGGACAGUUUCACCCAUCAGCAGUCGGUCAUGUACGAAUGUUGCUGCUCUAUUCGGUGCCGCUUAUCUCUGCAAAACUAGCUAAUGCUGUGCAGUUGCAUCACAAAUUCCUUGGCAAAAAAAAAAAAAGAAGUCUGUAGCAGUCGAAGGGCGCGCUGCGGCGGAUCCAGCGACGGCAGAAUGUGUUCAAAUGAACGUCGAGGUUUUGUGGAAGCAGUCAGCCAACGUCACACUGAAGUAAACCGGAGUUUGUUUUCCGUUUCUGAAAAAUUCAAAUGAAAAGUCAGUGACAAAGACACUUUUGCAAAAGGCGUUUAUAUGCAAAUGUUUACAUGGAAGUUCGAUAGUGACGCUGACUGCGGCGUACAGCCGGCUACACAGCGUUGAGGCUUGAGUCUUUCUGUGUUUACGGAGCGCCAUCCACAACUGUAAAGCCCAACAGUCUGACUGCCACAAAUUAUUAUUUCAUUCUACAGUUUGUGUUGUAUAAAAUGUUUAUUUUUUAUUUAAAUUUUUUUUUUUUAAAUGUCCCUCAAACGGUCACAGAGCCGAAGGUUACAUCUCCACUUUGCUUUGUCUGACCAACAGUGCAAAACUAUAAAAUAUGCAAUUUACAGUGUGUAAUGUAAAAGACAUUUCUGGACCUGGAACCAGUAAUGUUUUUUAUUUUUUAUUUUUUUUGGUGUUGCAUGUUUGCUUGAUAAAUGACUUAAACUAUUAAUUGAUUAUCAAAGUUGUUAAUAUAUUUUUUCGUUGUUCGACUAUUCGAUGAAUCGACUACAUUAUGAAUUUGUUUUCCCUCCGCUGCGGCCUGUAUAUUUGACUCAAUGCAGUCUGCAUCAACCAGGCACUGUGCACUGAAUGAGGACACUAUUACAAAAACAUUUUCACAAUAUAAUCAGAUUUUUUUUUUUUUUAUGAUUUUAUCAUGUUAACCUCAAGCAUUGGCUUUGUUUUACAAUCAUUCAAUUUCUUUUAGUUGUCAACACACAGUGCAAAGAGAACUUGCCUCACUACUGUAGACAUUUAUUCAAUGCAAAUGAUAUAUGUGAUGAACUUCAUAGUGAUGCUUCUGGGGAGCACGGUGACUGUUUUCACUCAUAACUCAUAACUACUGUUAACAAUAACUCAUAGUAAACUUAGUGCUGACGACUGUAAAUGGACUAUACACGCUGGUGUUCUAAAAGGGUGAAAUGUUCUGUUCAGGAAGGAAUAUAGCUUUUAAUAUAUGUACUUUGCCAAGUAUUUCUGUCAAAUAUCCAAUCGCUGAUUGAUGAUCAAUCAUUAUUUUUAUGAAUGCCAUCUUUUCUGUUACCAAACUCAGUUAUGUAUUUUUAAUUGGCAGCAAGCCGACUAAUUUCAAUAUGAAGCAGGACAAUCUUGCAGCAACCUGUUGUAUGAGUGAUGAUGUAAUGUUUGCAGAGCUUGCGCUAAAUGUUGGGUACACUGACGUCUUCAAACUUUGAAUACAUAAAAAUGAUAUCCGCUUC